GUGCGAUUAAAGUGUCAGUAUAUUUCAAGUUACCAAUCGAAUAGAAAUACCACAUCAACAAUGUCAGAAUUUGAAAAGACAGAUCCAUCAAAGUUUUUGAGUGAUAUAAUUGGAUCAUCUGUGAUUGUGAAGUUGCAGAACGGUAUCAACUAUACCGGAAAUUUACAAACUAUAGAUGGAUACAUGAAUGUUGUAUUGGACAAUGCCAAGGAAUGCAGUAACGGUAAAGUAGUGAGGGAUUAUGGUGAUGUGUUUAUCAGAGGUAACAAUGUGUUGUAUAUUAGUGAAGCAUAAGUUAGGUUGUUGUUAUUAGCAUAAAUGUAUAUUAGAAUUUAAGACAUUACUAUGUUUUAUGUUAAAUAUUUACCAUAUUGAUGUAGCUAUAGUUGGUUGUUAUAACCAGUUGGAGGUUCGAACACUGCUAUUUUUUCUUGAAUUCUCGUAGUAUCAUAGUCAGAAUAGGCUGCAAUGUACAGCAAAUCGACAGUAAUUUCUAUUUGAUCCCCACGGAACAAGGUCAUCUAUAUAAUCCUAAAAUGGGAGUACCGUUCUACUUUGAGCAAAUUGAAGUAUCCAGUUACUAUCAGAGGACUCAGAACCUUGAACCCUUGAGACUUGGGUUAUUGGUUAAAGUUAGUCUAGUGCAACUAAGUCUUUCUCAGAAUCACCAGGUUCUAUUAUACACCUGAUUGAGUAACCCAUGCGUCAUUCUGUCAUACAGUUGCAAAU